AUGGGUAAAAUCAAGGGUAAACGGCGUGUUGGUAGAAGGAAGAAAUCAUGGCUUUGCAACGUCUGGGAGUGGACGGGUUGCAACUGCGAAAAAGUUGCUGCAUCUGACAUAGGUCAUGCGCUUCAAGAGACUGACGGCCAACCUCCAGUAAUGGAGAGAUACGGCGGUACCGAUGAGACUUUGGUAGCGGCGUCUCUGAAGGGUGGUGAGUUGUUGGUACACCUGCGGUUCAACCACACACCCGAGGAUUACACUGUGGGGGGUACCAGGCUUGAUAACGGACACUUGCAUCUGAUACAGGUGGUACGAAAUUCAACACUGGUACAAGUGAAGUUGAACGGCACUGAAUACUUUAGGAAGUCGAUAUCAGCCGCUAAGCAACUUGAUGCACAGAUACUAUACCUUGGUGGUCCACCAACACCAAUUGUGCCCACCGAAUCGACUCUUCUUCCAAACACAACACAAGCGCCCAACCCCGAACCAGACGAUUCCGAGUACUUCAAAGGUGUCAUUCAAGACGUCCAAAUAUCAAAUGGACUGAAUGUAACCAUUGUAGAAUUUUUCCCUCUGCGAGUCGAGGGCGUGUCCCUCCCCCUUCCAUUUGGGGAGGUGGAGCUGGACUCGAGUGGGGUUUUAGAGGGCGUAGUGUCGGAUGACGUGUGCGCGUCUACGCCCUGCCAUCAUAACGCGACGUGUACUAAUACGUGGAAUGAUUAUAUGUGCACCUGUCCACGUGGUUACAAAGGAAAGCAAUGUGAUGAGGUCGAGUUCUGUCAGCUGCCGAAACCUUGA